UGUUGGAAUCUAUAAGGAACGCUAUUAAGCUAAUCCUAUUUUAAACAAUUCUCUGUUUUUUUUUCUCUCCGCCCCCUUUAAGCUCAUUUCUUGAAACGGAAACCCUAAUUGCUUAAUAAAAGAUUCUUGCUUUCGUGUUGGAGAAUCGUGCAAGUCUCGCCAUGGCCAAAAGCUCCUUCAAGCUCGAACAUCCGUUGGAGAGGCGACAAGCUGAAGCUGCUCGCAUUAGAGAGAAAUAUCCUGACAGAAUACCUGUAAUUGUUGAAAAGGCUGACAAGAGUGAUGUUCCCGACAUUGACAAAAAGAAGUAUCUUGUCCCUGCUGAUCUAACUGUAGGCCAGUUUGUUUAUGUUGUCCGGAAAAGGAUCAAGCUGAGUGCUCAAAAGGCUAUCUUUGUCUUUGUGAAGAACACUCUACCUCCCACUGCUGCAUUGAUGUCUGCAAUUUAUGACGAAAACAAGGAUGAAGAUGGCUUCCUUUACAUGACUUACAGUGGAGAGAACACCUUCGGGACUAUUUAGUCUUUUAAGAGACUGAUAUAACUCUGUAAAUAGAACCUGAAUGGUGUAAAUUCUCUGCAGUCGGUUUUAAGUAAACUAUUCUUGUUACAGUCCUUAAGUUUUAAUUUGGCCUAAUGGCACUUCUUGGAUUGAAUGAAUGGAAGUAUUUCCCAAUUGUAUUUUGGCUUUUGCGUUGUCGUUAGAUAAACGAGCUUUCAAUGAAAAUGAGAUUUUGGAUAAGUAUCCCAAUUCACU